AUGGCAGCGGCACAAAAGGCCUUUGAAAACAAAAAAUCGGCAUUGAGAGCGGAGCAGGUCGCUAUGUCUCACAACAAGCAAGAAGUCGCAACUGCAAGAAAGACCUUAGAAGACGAGAAGCUGGCGUUAGGAGCAGAUCUGGCCGCUCUAUCCGGUGAGAAGGAAGCAGCAGCAGCGGAAAAGAAGGCCUUAGAAACCGAAAAAUUGGCAUUGAGCGCGGAGAAAGUGCUCUACGAAAAAGACAAAAUUGAGUUGAAAGAGAAGGUAAGAAUCAACUUGCAGCAGGUGCAGGAGAUGCAGAGGUCCCUCUCUACUUGGUGA